AUGCCCGAGUUUGAAAUUCAGUGUCAAUACACCCAAAAAAAGCAAAUGAAAUUUUUUCGGGAUAAAGGACUAAGAUUAUAUCACCAAUUUUCAGUAAUUAACCCGGAAAUUAUCCCCAAUGAGUAUUUUCAUUUCGCCGAAAAGAAAUCUUGCUUGAUUUGGAUACUUAAUGAGUUGACAGAAGCAGCCGGAAUAAAUUUUGUGGAAAAGCCGUUAGAAAAGGAAGAAUAUAAAUUCAUUAUUAACUUAGGAGGAGAAAAAGUAGCCAAAUUUAAUACUAAUAGUUCCAAUAAAAUGGUUUUAAAAACCAAAGAAUAUUGGGAAAAUACCAUUAAAAAAAUUGGUUUUGCGGGCAGCGAAAAUUAUUUUUACGAAAUUAAAAAAAUGCCCGAAAAAUCAACUAGACAUCCAAGCCAAACCAAAAACAAAAGCAAUUGA